UAAAUUUUGGAAAAAGGCGCGCAUGUGAACUUAGAAUUCAAUAAUAAAACUUUUUCCUUGCAAGACAAAGAAAUUCUUUAAAAUCGUUGCUUAAUGGAUUGCGAUUCUAUAAACGAUUGGGUGUUUGUUGGAGUUUUGGGUGAAGGUGCAUAUGGAGAAGUGAAACUUGCCUUAAACAAAAAGACAAAUGAAUCUAUUGCCGUUAAGAUAAUUAAUUUGGCCUCUCAUGAGAAUGCCGAGAAAAAUACUCGAAAAGAGUUUAUUAUUCACCGAAUGCUGAAGCAUGACAACAUCAUAAAACUAUACGGACAGCGUUUAGAUGGAGGUAUACAUUAUAUUUUCUUAGAAUACGCUGGGGGAGGCGAAUUAUUCGAUCGUAUCGAGCCGGAUGUCGGCACUUCCGCCCUAGAAGGCCAGCGUUACUUUAAGCAAGUAAUUAAUGGCGUUGAGUAUUUACAUUCAAAAGGAAUAGUUCAUAGGGAUCUGAAGCCAGAAAAUAUCUUAUUGACUGACCAAAACGAAGUAAAGAUAUCUGAUUUUGGAAUGGCAACAGUGUUUAGAUACCAAGGUAAAGAGAGAAUGUUAGACACCUGUUGUGGAACUCGACCCUAUGUAGCACCAGAAAUUUUACAGAGCAAGCCAUAUCAUGCAACUCCUGUUGAUAUAUUCUCUUGUGGUGUUGUUUUGGUGACGUUGUUGGCGGGUGAACUUCCUUGGGACGAACCAACAGACAAGUGUAGAGAUUAUGUCCAAUGGAAAGCGUUCGAAUUUACAAUUACGCCGUGGAGUAAAAUAAAUAAUUUAGCUUUGUCUCUUUUAAAGAAUAUGCUCCAAGAGAACGUUCAACAAAGAGCCACUAUCGACUUUAUUAAAAGACACGCAUGGUAUAAUUCAAGUGUUGAAGUUAUAUCGGCAAAUCCAACAACUAGCCCACCCAUUAUUAAGUCUGCCAAACAUCCUUUGAAGAGAGUUUGCGCUGAGGGGGAAGGAUCCUCAAAUGAUGUAGAAAGUCUAAUGAGCGUCUCUCAACCGGAUCCAAACCGUUACUCUAACGAUAUGGAAGAGGAUGGCUCUGCAAAAGUUACGUGCUUUUCUCAACCGACAAAGAGUAAAGAUAUGUUUGUAGAAAGCCAACCGACUGGUUCAGGAGCGUCUCAAGGACUAUUCCAGAGUUUAGUGAAAAGAAUGACAAGAUUCUUUGUAAAAAUUUCUAAACAAGCCAUGGCCCACAAUCUGUUGCUAUUAGUAAGAUUUGGCUAUUCCAUUAAGAAUCAGCAGAACGAUCAAGUUACUUUUGAAACGACAAGUCGAAGAGGAAUUCAUACUACCUUCAAAGCUUUCCUUAUUACGGCUGGAGAUCACUUGCUAGUUGAUUUUCGCUUAUCACAAGGUGACGGAAUACAUUUUAAGAGGCAAUUCAUCAAAAUUCGGGAAUCUCUAAAGGACGUCAUAGACGACCGCGUUACUAAUUAUUGUGCACCAAAUAUCUUUCCAAGUCAACAUUCAGUUUUAUAGACUGAUUUUUGUUUUCUUUUAUAUUUUCCCUAUUGGAAAGAGGAAAUAUCUGCAUUAUUUUUAGAACGUCUCUUCUUUACUUACAAUGCUUGUAAGCUAAAUUUUUAAGACUUUAUUUUUACUUUUUAGACUGAUUUCUUACUUUUAAAUAAAGAAAACGAUUUACAUCAAACAAA